CUCAGCUACAGCAUAAUCCUUCUCAGCAUGAAAACCGUCCAUGGAUGUGCCCUCUGCUAUACGAUAGCUUGACGAAUCUCUCGAGGACUAUGCAGUCCUUGACGUGGGCCAAAAAAAGAAAGCAAGUGUGACAAUGUAACAAUUGGGCUGCCAUGAGCGCUUUGCCCUACUAGCUAUAUAGAGCACGCUUACCCCCGCUGAAAGAGUGUACUGCAUUGAUUAGGUAUGCCCAAUAUGAAAUCCCACGUUAUUCUACAGUCAUAUACUGCAGCGUUGGGUUUUGUCUACACUGCCUUGAGCCAACGACCGACAACCUUUACUCCCGUCGACCAGAAGGAAGUAUCCUUCAGUAUCGCUAUUCCUAACACUACCGCUUCAUCUAGAUCUGGUCCCAUCCUCUUCCAAAUUAAGGCUCCGAGCAGCCUACAAUGGGUCGGGCUAGGCCAAGGAAAACAGAUGGCUGGGGCCAAUAUGUUCAUCCUCUAUUCAGCUCCCUCUAACAAUGUCACCAUCUCUCCCCGUUCCGGGCAAGGCCAUUUCCCACCAGUGUAUAAUCCGAACUCUAGGGUCUUUCUCCUGGAUGGCAGCGGAAUCCACGAUGGUACAAUGACGGCUAACGUGCUCUGCGAGAAUUGCAUCGAGUGGCAGGGCGGAUCGAUAGACCCGAGCAGUUCCUCGACUCAGUGGAUAUAUGCCUAUAAGGAAGGUCCUCCGCUCAACUCCGUGAAUGCCACCGAGUCGAUCCAGAGACAUGAUGGGAACGGAAUCGCGAACGCCGAUUUAACCCAGGCGAAGACAACCACCGAUAACCCAUUUCUAACAUACAAUCCAGCUACUGGUUCGAACGAUGCUGUCAGUUCUAUGGACGGCACUCGGGGUAAUGCCAUGCUCGUCGCACAUGGACUCAUGAUGGCCAUUACGUUUGUUCUGUUAUUCCCAUCAUUCGCCCUCCUUAUCUCACUGCCCUGGGUGACCUCGCCCUCUAAAGUCCACGCACCACUGCAAGUUCUCGCGCUUACCCUCGCCAUCGCUGGCAUGGGCGUCGGUAUUCAACUUGCCAUCGACAAAAAGGUGAAGUCGAGCUCGCACCCAAUCAUCGGCAUUAUCGUCGUGGCACUUCUUGUUCUCUUCCAACCGUUGAUGGGUUUUCUUCAGCACCGACACUUUCGCCGCAACGGUGGAAAGGGUGCCUUUGCUUACCUACAUCGCUGGCUAGGCCGUUCGAUGAUCAUUCUUGGUAUCGUCAAUGGAGGUCUUGGAUUCCGCUUGGCAGGAAUAGGCAACCCUAGCACUCCUCGAAGCGCGAUGAUUGCGUACUCAGUUAUUGCAGGAGUGAUGGGACUCUUAUAUCUUGGCACACAUCUUCUUGUGGCUAUGCAAGGAAGAAGCCGGGGACAAGAACGGAAGCUCGAACAUAACAGACAUCCUGAGAUGUGACUAGGGUCAUCUAUCAUUGGUAGGGGGAGGUCAUCUCAUACUAAGUAUGGAAUCUGGAUGACACGGUGAUGUUUGGAAGACGGGGGGAAGAUGUAAUCUACCACUGGACAUAGUAACUCGUUGGAACUUGGAGUUACAUUUAGCAGAACAACGGAAUGAAAUCCUCAACUCGCCAUAGAGAUAGAUAGAUAUAGGAGUCCA